UUCAUUAAUCUUCUCUUCCAUAACUCGACACUAUCAGUCUGCUCGGCUUUCAAAACCUCAUUUAGUCAAAUUCUAAUUUAAGAUGUGGUAAUUUAAAAGUCUUCUAAUCCGCUCAUCAAAAUUGCCCGCCUUGAUGACUUUAGCAGAACUGUCUGUGCCAAUCAUCAGGUCAUUUGUUUACCUCUUGGCCAGGAGACUCUGUGCGCCUUCCGAGGGAUGUUCAGGUAGAAAAAUGAGGUUGACGACCGAUUAUAAAAGACGGGCCGUGGUGAGCACAAUUUCAUUCCCUGCUGAACCUCCUUGUGAGCAAGUUGCGACUAUCUUGAAAUUCGUGCUACGUGACAAGACGUGAUAAUGGCUGAAAUUCCCGAAGCUGCUGUGCAACCCGUUCAACCCGUGCCACCGGAGGAGCUUGAGCCUCGCUCCGUGGAUUCUACGCACCGUGCCUUCGUUCUGUUCCACAACACCACAAAACGUCAGGUGGAAAUCUUCUGGAUCAACUACUCUGGGAAGCUGGUGUCUUUCGGCAUUCUUCAGCCUGACCAGAGGCGCCGUGUGGACACCUUCUGCACUCAUCCAUGGACCUACAAGGAUGCCGUUACCAAGGAGAACCUGUUUGUUUCUGGCCAAAAGGUCUUCUACCCAACGAUCUGGUACAAGGGCGCCGUUGAUCUCUCGCGCAUGCUGGUUCGCCGUCAGGUAGCCAGGAUUCAUCAUGGGAUGCGCACACUUCGCGAGAUUGCCCUUGAAGCUGUGGCCUUGCAACUACCCAAUGCUUACUCAGCUGAAGAAUUGGAACUUCCCAAAUCCAUCGCCGAAGAACUUAUCCGUGUGUACAAGGAACUCCACAACGAGCUUCCCAGCCAGUAAGAACUGAUCCGC